CAAAUGCAAUUUUGUUAGAGUUUUGUAAAAUUUAUAUUGCAUAUAUGUAUAUAAAUUUUGUAGUUUGUACACUGUGUAUUAGUUGUGAUUGUUUAGAGGAAGGUCACCAGCAAUGGGAUGUUAAGUUGGACCCACUGAAGUUAUAUGACAGGGAAAACUGGAUACCAAUUUGUUUUGAGAAUUUAGCUGUAGCUCAUGUUGCAUGUCGACAACAAGGAUUCACUAAUGCUUCUGGGCUAUUCAAGCAAUUUACAAUAAGAUUCGGUGAGGUAUAUGUAGUUACUUGCCCAACAGUUUCAAAUUACUUUUUGUAUGGUGAAACCAACAUUAUGCGCUGUAACAUCUCACAUCAAGUUGCAUCUAAUUGUACAACUGCAUCAGUUAACUGUAGUAAUAAAGAUAUGCACAAAACUAAUCCUUAUAAUGGUCAAUUACAUCUUAUUGAUAAGAAAAAGACUGCCACACCAGCUGAUGGUACAGUUGAAGUUUAUCUUCAUAAUGGCUGGUAUCAAGUGUGUAACAAUACAGCCUUCACUGAUACAGUGGCUGAUUCAAUAUGUAGACAAUAUGGAUACACAGGACAUGAUACUCGGGAUGAAGUAGAUCCUGGUAAUUCAAAGAGUGUUAUAAUCACAGAAUACACUUGUACUAGUGAAACUGGUUCUUUUGAAUGUUUUACCCACUGUAUACCAAAGAAGUAUAAGAUUAAUGAUAGCUGUCAAGAUCAUGUGACAUUAACAUGUAAGUUUGAUAUUACUAAGAAGUAUAUAACAAGUGGAUCUCGGAGUCAAUGUGCUUUGGAUGAAGGCAGUCAUUUACUUCAAGCUUACAAAAUUAUUACAGGACUACUCGCUGGUUUUCUGCUUUUUAUCCUAGCAUUAUUUAUCAUCACGUUUCUAUUUUGUGAUAUAAAGACUAAAAAGAUGAAAUGCUGUUGCUGCUGGAGGAAACAUGACGUUCUUAAUUAUGCUCAUAUCAAAUACAGAGUAAAUGACCCUAGAAAUGAUUAACUCCAAUAAAUGCCUACCAAGUACAAAAGAACAUUAAUAGCAAAACAUUAUCGGUUAUAACACAUUACUUCAGUGUUAAUAACACAUUGCUUCAGUGUUAAUUUAUAUACAGAUCUAUAUUAUUUUAUACUUUGUGUCAUCAGUACAGUAGGUAGGUUAUAGAAUUUUUUGGAUUUAAAAA